CUGGAGCAUGCCGACCACAACGGAAGCAAAUCCGCCAACCCCGGAGGAUCUAGCGGAGUCCCGCGCGCAGCGGUUCCGGGAGUUGACGCUAAGAGCCGCGUUCAAAGAACUGCUCUUCUACCUGCUGUUCAUCACCGUCCUGGUCAUUGUUGCCAACGGACCACGGGACCCCAUGAUGUACUAUCAGACCAAGCACCUCCGCGACACUUUUUUUAUUGGAGGCGGGAAACAUUCCCUGCAAAAGGCUACAACUUUUGAAAAAUUUUGGAACUUUGUGGAGCUUGCGCUGGUUCCUGAAAUAAGCUCCACGACGUGGUACAACGGCAUGGCUCUGCAGUCUGACGGUUACCUGCGCGACUACCAGUCAUACAUUGCUGGGACUGUCCGAUUCCGCCAGCUCAGGGUCAAACAAGAUGAGCAAUGCAAGAUCCCAACACCGUUCCUUGGGAUCAUAGAUAACUGCGAUGAGGAUUACGGCUACUUUGCGAACGAUGCCAGACAUUACACCGAAGGUUGGGCAGGACCCGCAAAUGUAACAGAGGAUCCGAUAAUCUAUGAAAACUACACAGAAGAAGAACAACCGUGGCUCUAUCACUCACCAACGCUGUAUGAUAUCCCUACAAGCGGACGAUAUGCAACGUACUAUGGCGGAGGCUACAUCGUGGAGCUGACCAACACCACUACUGCGGCCUUACUGUCUACCGUAGACUGGUUAGAAUCCAGCGGGUGGAUAGAUCAACACACCCGGGCUGUCUUUGUACAGUUCACGAUCUUUAACCCAAACACGAACCUGUUUUCUAUCAUGGAGCUGAUGACAGAGUUCCCAACGCUGGGAAGUUCUUACUCAAAAGUAGAAGCCACAACUGUACGCCUCUUCCGCUUCCAAACCGUCUGGUCCAAGGUUGUGGCAGCAUUUCAAGGAGUCUUCGUCCUGUUUACACUGUACUUCGUCUUCAGAGAGCGUAAGUAUGAUAUGUGA